CCUCCACUCGGCCGCGCUCCCCACGCAAAUCCGGGCGCCAUGGCGGGGCCGCGUCUGCCGCCCUAUCUGACGCCCGAGCUUGUUGAGGAGAUCCUCUUACGCGUCUCGCCGGAAGAUCCCGCAAUCCUCGUGCGCGCCUCCCUCGCCUGCAAACCGUGGCGCCGCCUCCUCUGCGACCCCGCCUUCCGCCGCCGCUACCUCGCCUUCCACCGACGAACUCCGCCGCUGCUCGGCUUCCUCCACUACCGCUGGCGCGUCGCCCGUGGUGAAGGCGCCGACGGCGUCGUUGUACCUGGCUUCGUCGCCACUACCACACCCUCCCCGUUCCCCAAGCAGGCGUUCGAUGGCUGCGCCGCCAGCUGGUCCGUCGUUGACUGCCGCCAUGGUCGCGUUCUCUUUGAAGCCUCCAGAGACGACGUGUGCCUUGUCCUUGUUGUCUGGGAACCCGCUACCGGCAAACGGAAGUGGCUGCCGAAGCUCCCUACUCGCUGUUCGAGAUACACAGUGGCGGUGCUCUGUGCAUUGCACGGGCAUGGCUGCGACCACCUGGAGUGCUGCGGUGGCGCAUUCUUCGCGGUCUUGGUGCAGUCUGGCGUUAUUGGGAGAUCCGUGCGGGUACACUUGUACUCAUCGGAGGCUGGUUCAUGGAGUACAUCACCUGAUCUUCUUUCUGGUUUCGUUGUUGACUCUAAUUGGAGCACGAUCAUCGGCAAUGAUAUCUACUUCGUUUCAACCUUUGGUUCAUGGGACCAAAUCCUGAGGUACAGCUUGGGCAAUAAUCGCAUAUGCUUCCUCCAAGCUCCAGCAGCAGACAAAUUCCUGGGGCACUUUUUCCUCGUGCCAAUGGAGGAUGGCUCGUUGGGGUUUGGUACCAUAGGCGCCACAAGGCGGCUUUGCCUGUGGUCGAGGAAUGUCGAUCCAGAUGUAGUUGCAGAAGCAGGAUGGGUACACCGCAGGACCAUUGACAUUGAGCUUUGCAAAUCGAUCCCCAUCAGUGUGAUGUAUGAUGUACAAGUGGUUGGUUCUGCAGACGACUUCGGUAUCAUAUUUGUGGCCACAGUUGAUGGUGUCUUCACGAUAGAUCUCAAGUCAAGCCGCGCGAAGAAGGUUGGCGAGACUAUGGCAUGCUUCAAGAUCUUCCCGUUCAUGACCUUCUACACUCCAGACUCGAGAUUGUCCUAGCAGCAUAUUGCCAUAGCCAACGGGGGUGCACUAAUGAUCAUUGUUACGCGAGGCAAAGUAGCACCUGAACUGAACAUCAAUCUAUGUGGGCUUCGGUUGGCAGCUAGCAGGGCUGAAUUGCUUCUACAUGUCUAGUACUCUGUUCGGCAGUUUAUUAUGGAAGUGUAAGCCACCAUGGCCAGUUAUAGACCAUAUGUUCUUCCUCUCUGGUUGUGAUCUUGACACGUUUCAGGUUUAUUGUCAAAUUUCAGUUUUGUUAGUGUUAUAUAUAUUGAUGAUUGGCAAUAA